AUGGAUCCAGGCGGAAACCCUGCGCACCUCGCCGACCGUCUUGAUGUGCUCCUUUCCCGUUGGCGGCCACAGGAAGAGGCCGAGAAUCUUGGUGAAACUCAUGGCGAGGCGUCCACUUUUCAGCUACUAAUUUACACCUCGCACACCUAUGCGCAAGCCAUCUCAAGGCUAUACCGUUGGAGUCCCUUCCUUUGCGACAUUUUUAUCGUUGUGCUAGCAGCCGUACUCUACAACAUGUCGUCCUUUACGAAGGCGCUCAUCGCCGCGGACCCCGCAGGUUUCCAGCGCGCGACACAGUCUCCGUUUCUACGGCGCGCCGCCUCGGGCACGCUGUCGAAGGCGACGCUCGGCCGGUGGCUUGCUAACGACCGGCUGUACAUUCAUGGCUACGUACGCGCUGCCGGUCGCCUCCUCAGCUUCCUGCCGCUGGCGCAAACCACGCCGCCGUCGCCACACGACGACACAGACUCCGCUUCGAAGCUGCUGGCGUGGACCGUGGACGCGCUGGUCAACAUCCAGCGCGAGUCAGGGUUCUUCGUCGAGACUGCGACGCGCUACGGCAUCGACAUCAACCUACCGACGGGCGAGGACGGCCGCGUACCUGCGUCGGCCAAGCUGGAAGGCCUGCGGCGAUUCGAGGCGCUCUUUGACGGGCUGUCGGCGGGCGCAGAGCCGCUUCCGUGGCUCGAGAGCGCGGUGGUGUUUUACGGGACGGAAAAGUGCUACCUAGAUGCGUGGACGUGGGCCAAGUCGCACAUGGACGAGUCAAAUGAUCGAGGUGACGAUGAUGAAGAUGGCGGUGCGGUGCGGCGCGAGUUUAUUGCGAACUGGACAAGCCCCGACUUUGGGGCCUUUGUUGCGCGGCUGGGGGUCAUUGUGGACGAGGCGGUGCGGGCGCAGGGCGAGGAGAUGCAGGAGGUGCUACUGCGGCGCGGCCUGACCAAGUGGCGAGAGCUGCUGGUGGCGGAGGAAGCCUUUUGGCCUGCCUUAGAAGCCCAAUAA